AAGGACGAUUUAGCGGGGUCGCGCAGGUGUGUGGCGUCAGCUGUCUGGUGCCGCCCAUUACGCCUGGAGUGUUCCGUUUCUGCGCCCCGCUCUGUGUUUCGUCUCGCGGAAGGACGCGCCAGUUAGCCCACAGGCUCUUCCUUGGCGGCCGCAGUCCUCCUAACUUCGCCGUGAGCGGCGUGUCGCCCGUCCGCGCGCGGUCGUCACACAGGGCGCGGCGGCGGCCGGGAGCCCCGCGGUGCGCACUGGUCGCGGUGGGAAGGGGGAGGCGAAGGCGCCCUGCUCCCUGCACACCAGUGCGCGGCGACGAGGACGAAUCCGUAGUGCGGGCACAACAAACUAUGGAUCAUGGAAGUGAGCACACUUUUGCGUGUUAGUGUGGUGCGUUUUCAGAGACCUUCUAUCAUUCAGCAAUUAAGAACGAGGACUCUCAAAAGUUUUGUUCAUCAUCCCUGGCAACACAAAAGAAAAAAUAAGUUGUGUUCAUCACCUUCAGUUCCUGUACAUUUGGAAGUGCAUGCUUCUCAUGAAAAUUUAGAAAGCAUGUCUGAACUGGAUGCCACACAUGUCAGUGGUCUUUCUCAAGAUUUAACUCACUCAGAUUCUCCCUCCUGGAUGGAAAGCAGCCCCACUUCAUUUUUCCCUCAGAAUGAAACAAAGAAUGUAAAAAGGGGAAAUGAGUCUAAACCCACACUUUCUGAGGAUAUGUGUAGCACACAAGACAAUGUGUUAGAUGAUACUGACAUUGGAAGUUACCCCCAAAAUAUACAAACCCAGCCGGUUAACACCAGCAUUUCUUCCUUGAGACCAUGUGAACCCAUUUGCAAGUUUCACUGGAUAGAAGCAUUCAAUGAUGAAAUGACGUUUCAAAAUCCAGCAGAAGGCUUUUCUUACAUAGAGAGGCCAGAAUUGCAAAGUCCUGUGUAUAAUUAUGCAAAAGAUAGCAAUGUAACACAAGAUCCACUUAAGGAAGAAAAUUCAGUGGAAGCUAGCAUUUCUACAACUAAAGACCAGUGUACUCAUGAGUGUGUCACACAAUCUUCUAGAAGUCCAAGCCACUACAACUACAGUGAAGAGACCCUGCCAUUUACAGAAAAGCCAUUGGUUACAUGUACUGCCAUGGGAUCUAGCCUCAAGCCUAGUCAGCCUCAAAACUUUUUGUAUAAAAAAAGCGUCUCCAGAAAUGUUGAAGACCCAUCUUAUAGUGAGAAUAGCUUUAAGCUGCAUGAUCUGAGAGUUAAUUAUAAAACAGAGGAGACUGAAGUUUCUUCAAAAGAAGUACAUAUUUAUGAGGAGACUCCUGAGGUGUUCGUCAGUCACCAGGAGGAAGUCCUAGUGGAAGGCUUGGAAAGCCCAAGGACUGCCUCAAUUUGGUCCCCAGCAGGCAUCUCCAGGAGUGUUGAGGCCUCUCGGGAGACCUGUGUGACACCUGACAUGGAGCAAAGCUCUGAAAGCUUACAGUCUCUAGAGGAGGACAUGGCUUUAAAGGAAGUCUUACAGAUAUUGCAACAUAAUAACAGAGAGCAGCACAUGGAAAUCCAAGACCUUCAGUGUAGCAACCUGUGUUUACAGAAGAAGAAUAAAGAGCUACAGAUGAAGAUUGUCAGACAGCCAGUGUUCUUGGACAUCAUCAAUAAGCUAGAGAAGAAUAUGGAAGAAUUAAUUGAGGACAAAUAUAACAUGAAGCUAGAGAAGAAUGACAUUAAUAGAAAACUGCAGAAUUUGCAAGAGAUUUUAGCUAUCACCGAAAAACAUCUCCAGGAAUCCAGGAAAGAGAAGGAAAUGUUACAGCUCCAAGUUAAAAAAGUCAAGGCCAAUUAUAUUCAUUUACAGGAAAGGUACAUUACUGAAGUUCAAAAGAAGAAUAGAUCAGUAAGCCAGUGUAUAGAGAUGGACAGAAGCUUGAGUGAGAAGGAAGGAGAAGUAGAAAGACUGCAGCAACUCAAAGGAGAGCUGGAGAGGGCCACCACUUCUGCUCUGGACUUCUUGCAAAGAGAAAAAGAGACCCGAGAGCGAGAGUUCUUAGCUUUACAGAAGGAGUUCCAGAAACAUGAAAAGGAAAACCUGAAAGAGAGACAGAAAUUGAAAUUGAGAAAUGAGAAAUUGAUCGCUCAAGUUAAAAAUUUGCUGUUCAUCUGCGAAGAUGAAAAGGCUAAGAAUAUAAAACUCCAGCAGCAGAUCAACAAGGUACAAAAUGAAAACGCACAUCUUCAAGAGCAGAUUGCAAGGAGUAGGGAGCAGGAUUGUGUCCUGAAAGCUGAGACUGCCCAGUUACAAGAGCAAUUAGAGGAAGGAAUGGAGCCGGAUACUGCCAAGCUACUGAAACAUAAAGACAGAAUCAUAACUUUUAGAGAGUUAAUUGCCAGUGAAAAAGUGUUUCAAGAUCACAUCAUUGAGGUCACUGAUUUUUAUUCCAAUGAAGCCAAGAAAGUGAAAGAUGUACCUAUCUUAUUGGGAGCCAGACUGGCUGAGUACCACAAUCUAAAUGAGGAGCUGGAUUCUGUGAUCAAAAAAUUGGGAAGUCUUGUAGAGUCAAAAGAAGACCACUGCAACAAGCUCAUUGAAGAGAAUGACAGGUAUCAGAGACACUUGGGCAGCUUAAUAAAUAAGCUUGUUUUUUUCAAGAUUGCAUCGUGUGAGGAAAUUAUCAAAUGUGCUGACCAAAGGCUGGAGGUAUCCUAUUCCCAGAUUGUGCAUUUGGAAGAGAGAAAUAAGUAUUUGGAAGAUUUAAUUAGAAGGCCCACAGAGAGAGCCAGAAAACCAAGACCAAGAUCAGAAAAUCAUCCGAAGUCCACGACCUCGGUAGGUUGUCUUGAUAAACAUGAUAAAAAAGACUGUUAUAUUUCCAGGUGACUUGACAAUAACGUAAGACGCAGCCAUGUUCCUGAAGUUACUUCCGCAGUGAUCCAGCUGUCCUCUCCAUCCUCAAGGGCUGGCCUCUUCUGCCUCCUUGUCCUAUUUGACCUGAAACUUUUCUUGUUUGGGUCUCCUCACCUUCCUUUCAAGCCCGCCUCGUGUUUCCUCUGAUCUUUGGUAAUUAGCGCCUCCUGGUGUUUCUGCCUCCUGUUUGCUCCCCGUAGCCCAUCCUUGGGGUGAGGCUCCCCCCCUCCCACAGUUGCCCUUCUCAUUGUCCACGUCUGCGGUAUCUAACCACCUGCAGAUUUCUAACCACGCUGUGUUAGUGUUGUGCCUGUUAUUGCCCAAGCGGCUCCUUUACCUGUUACAUUCUUCCCCAGCUCUCCUUCUCCUCUGUCCUUCCUUUGUCUCUGAGGAACUGACUUGCUUCCUCUCGUGUGCAUGCAUGGUGCCCUUGACGCGUUGGCACCUGUUGUGGCAUUACAUUCUCCGCCCACACGUCUCGUAGCCCAGCUGGAGCUCUUCUGGUGCAAGCAUUGUCUCAGAAGCAUUUCAGUGAAUUCUAAGUAGUGUUAGUUUUGAGAAUAAGGCCAAAGCUAGACCUUCCUGUUAGAAGAUAGAGCUACCGAUGCCCCUGUCCCACCCAGAUGUGUUUCAUGAACACCAUGGCCUUUUAUUUUUUUUUUUUGAGACAGGGUCUUGCUAAGUCAUUGGGUACCCAGGCUGGGUUUGAACUUCUGAUCCUGCCGCCUCGGCAUCCCAGAGUGCUGGGAUUACAGGUGUGCACCAGCAUGCCCAGCUACCGCGGCUUAUUUGUGACACAGCUUUGUGGAAGAAGGGAGCAAUCAAUAGGGGUCGCCCUCCACUGAGACCCAGCAUUUCUGGUAGUUGAGCUACGAGGGCACCUUAUUCUAUGAAUCCUUGACCCCUCAGGACUUACCACAGUGGGAAGUGGCUUUAUGAAUCAUUUUGAUUCUUGCUCCGACUCCUUUUCUCGCAUCCUGCCACUGGCAGCCAAACCAAGAAGAUGGGGCUCAACCAGCCUUCUACCUUCUGGUGUUCCUCGGUGGGGGAAAGGUUGAAAUGAUGCCUAAAAUAUUAAUUGAAAUAAAGCAGCGUGUUAGCCGUGGGGUUCAUCUAUCUGUAGUAUUUCUCUCCAUCCUUUUUCUUUUUCUUUUUUUUUUUUUUUUGGUACCGGGAAUUGAACUCGGAACCUUGUGCUUGCAAGGCAGGCAGCGGAGCCACUGAGCUAAAUCCCCGGCCCUCUCCAUCCUUUUUCCAUAUGUAAACAAGAACUAGCUGUUCAGGAAUUCUGUCACUUAUGAAAUGUUUUUCUUCUUUGUGUGUAUGUGUGUAUUUUUUGUUCUUUGAGACAGGAUCUCACUAUGUAGUUCAGGCUGGCUUUGCCAGGCCACUGGAACUCACUGAGAUCCUUCUGCCUCAGCUUCCCAAGUGCUGGGAUAACAGGUGUGUGCCACUACACCAGGCUUUUUCCUUUCAUUUUUAAAUGCCAGAUAUUUUUUAAAGAAAUAGAAAAGAUUUAGAUUAAAUAAGACUAAAGAGUAAACACUAGUCAUUUUUGUCAACUAUUCCAGGAAUUGUUACUAAAUAUUCUACUCCAAGAUAUAUUAAAACCCAUAUAAAUACUAAAGUUUUACAUUCCAAAAAUUUAACUUUUUAUAAUUUCUUCUGGUGAAAAAUCAAACAUAUUCCACUUCAACAUAAACAAGUGAAUGCAGGUGACUUCUAAAUAUUUUCCUAGAACACCAUGUGAUCGGGGCUUUCCUUGUAUGUGUGUUUUGGACUCAGACCUUCACACUGAGCUACAUCUCCAGCCCUGUCUUUAUUUUUUAUUUUAAAUCACGAAGUUGCCUAAGCUGGGCUUGGACUUUUGAUCCUUGUGCCUCAGCGUGUUAGAGUGCUGGGAUUACUGGCUAUCAGGCCUUUAAUGAGGCAUCACAAUUGUCAUGAACUUCACAUUUUAUUUCCCCUGCAAGACAUUUUCCUUCUCUCCAGGCAAAGUGGGCAGGUUCUUCCUACCACCAGCCACCUUCAAAAAGACGAACCUUGAAGUCCUUUGAAAUUAAAAACCAGAUGGGCCAGGGAUUUAGCUUAGUGGCACCACGCCUGCCUCAAAAGUGCAGGGUCCUGAGUUUGAUCCCUGGUACCAAAAGAAAAACAAACAAAAAAACAAAUUAAAUCCCAGAUGAAAAAAGAACACUGGUCUUUUAAGAUCUAACCCUUGUACUUUCUCUCUUAAAAUGAAUUUUGAGGUAGUUGUGAAUUUAAACAAAGGACCCAGAGACUUCUGAUUUUGUGUGGGAUGCAUCACGAAAAUAAAUAUAUACAUAACACGCAUAUUAGCUUUUUUUUUUUUUUAGUACUGGGGAUUGAACUCAGGACCUUGCACUUUCGAGGCAGGGGGUGGAACCACUGACCUAAAUCCCUGGCCCAGUAUUAGCUUUUUGAUAAAUCCAAGAACCAUGCUGAAAGUAUAGCUGUUGAUCAAAAUAUGUAUUUUAUUUCUCUAAAGUUAGAGUUGUACUUAAUCAGUGAAAAAUAUAUAUGGAAUGUAAAACUGGUCCUGCAGGAAGUGUUGAAUAACUAAAAGCUAUUAUCAUUAUUUUUGUUGAGGAAUUCUAUAUGUUUGUAUGUAACUCAAGAACAGAAAAUCUUAAUUUCUCAGAUUCAGAACGUUGCCAUAUUUGUUUGGACGGGUGGCCCACCAGGGCCUCACGUGGUGGCCCAGGCCUGAGGGCUACAGCUGGGUGGAACUGGCCUGGGGCCCUGAAGGCCUAGGAGACCCAGGCAGCCUGGGGAGCUGGCAUUGUCCUGCUCAGCAAUUCAGUGAACUCAUUUUUUAAAAAUAGAAAGGGGUCUUCUACCCCCUCCUCCUUACUGGGACCAAGCAUGCUAAUCAAGCAUUCUACCACUGAACUACACCCCCAGCCCACUCUGUUUACCUUAUUCUGAGACAGGGUCUCAAUAAUUUGCCCAAGCUGGCCUCAGACUUGUGAUUCUCCUGCCUCAGCCUCCUGACCACCUGAGUAGCAGGGAUUUCGGCCAUGCACCACUACAUCUAGCUAGAUAUAUGUGUCUUAAUGGUAAAGCAUAAAUGACUUACAUUUAAAUAUCUUAAAGUAAAUAAAAAGUUAGAACAUAACAUACAACUAAUUGAACCUGAGAAUGUACCAUGAGUUGCAGCUGUAGUAAUGUUUCCUUUUAGAACUUAGUCCCUUAAGCUUCAAAAGCUUUGAAGUGAUUCAAGUUGAAAAAGACAUUUGCAGGCCGGGGAUUUAGCUCAGUGGUUUCGCCGCCUGCUGCACAAGCACAAGGACCCGAGUUUGAUCCCCGGUACCAAAAAAAAAAAGAGACAAAGACAUUUGCUGUUGUUAUUAUUAAUGGUUUUGUGGGAAGCUGUAGAAAGAAAUAAAAUACAAUCAAAGAAGGCAGCUAUUGAAAUAAGGAUAGCCAUUUCUGGAAUCUCUAUACAGAUGGGCCAAACCAGGUAGAAAGGGAGGAUUGACCCAGCUUGUCUACAUGCGGGGCUCUGUGCAUACAUGCUGACUCAACAUGUGCAUUAUGAGACAUUUGUGUUCUUUACCCACAGGUUAUUGCAAAGUGAAUGUGCCUGUCUUGCUGCAUGGCUCAUGGGUGUAGAGUCCUUCUUUCAAUAAAUAUUUAAUGACUUUCAGUAGAGUGUGUGACAGGCUGUGUGUCAGGGGCCAAGGACACGAGGAAAGAUGGGGCGAAGCCCACAAGGAGUGCCUGAUGUCCUGGGGAGAGAUGUGUGCUGCGCUAGGCCGUUGUGGGACUGACCAGGAGACAGGAAAUGGCCCAGACCACUUGAGGAAACCUGGUGGCCGCCACCUGGGCCACAGCCAGGUCUCAGCAGCACCUCAGUGCGCCCCAGAUAGAAGAAAGCCAGGGUGGGCGGGGACCCAAGAUGGCCCAUUCAGUGCUGGCAACCAAGUUCUUCACAGAGCAGGGGGUGAGGGUGAUUGCGUGCAGCAGGAGAUGAUAUGCAGGGUAGGUAGGCAGGCGGACGGCGAGGCGAGAAUCAGGAGCGCCAGUGACUGCUCUUCAGUGUGCCAAGCGGGACAGACUGAAGCCAGGCACCGGGCAGCAGAUGUGGCCAGCUGUGGGGGCACGGGCCUGUCAUCCCUGCGACUGUCAGAGACCCGAUGUGAAAAUAAAACAAAAAGAACUGCAAUCCCCGGUACCACAAAAGGAAACAAAGAAAGAGAGAAAAAGAAAGAAAGAAAAAAGAAAAAGAAAAGGAAGAUAUAAAUGCAGAGCAAUUUCAAGGGUGAAGUGAAAGGAUGUGGGAAUUGCUUAGGCAUGGAGUGGGGAAGAGGGGUCCCAGAAGCCCACGGCGGCCACCGUGACGGAGAUGAAGGCCUGGGGGACCACAGGCUGGCAUGGAGGCGUUUGGUGAGUGGGACGUUGCCGUGAAAUGCAGUCCCAUACACACUGGGAGGGCUCCCGGGGUCAGGGAGACACAGGAGACCAGGGAGAGCUGAUAGGAAAGAGAGAGACCGAGUUCCCCAGCCCAGACUAGGGACUGACACCUCCACCCUGAGGCGGGAGGACAGGAGUCCGGGCAGGCGCGCUGCCCACACGCUGCAACGCUGUGCCGAUGAGCCCCUCCUCCCCGCUCGUCCUUCCUUGGUCCCCACCCGUGCACUUCACAGUGAUAACUCCUCCAUCAAACCUCCACUGUCUAAGUAUCACAUUCUUACCCCAGCCUUAAAAAAUCCUUCAAGUCUCUGCUAAAGCUGUCAAGUUCCUCUCUUCACUUUCCAUAAUGCCUGCUGAAAUUCUGUUAUUUACAGUUUAUGAAGCACUUUUAUGUAGUAUCUGAAGUAGGCUAGCUAAACUCAGAGUGCUUCUGAUAACUAUUUUCCCACGUUGCCAGUCUUCAUAACUCUCUCUGUGAUGGUAGCAGUUUUAUUAAAGGUAGGAAAAGAAACAGGCUCUGCAGAGCAAGUUUGGGCCAAGUUAAAGUAGGAAAAGAAGUGUGUCCUGCAGCGUGAGGGUGGGCCAGCACACAAGAGAGAAUGUGGGAACCCAUAACUCUCAUUUGGAAAGGCUAUGUAAUAGUCUAUCGCUGAAUUCUGUUUUAUGGACAGUUUUUCACUUCCUUACUGUGUGAUCCAGCAUUCAUUGCCUUCCAUAUUUCGGUUGUUUCCUUUCCCAGAAUGCCUUUCCCUGCCUACUAAAUGUCCUUCCUUCUUCCCCUCCACUACCUAGUUCCUCAUGUUUAAAACAGUUUUUGUCCUUCAAGGUUUAGUGAAAGUUAUACCUCUGCCCUCUAUUUCAUUUGUGACUUUCUACUAUCACUGGGCAGAUUCUUCCCUAAAUUAGAGCACAUGUGAGACAGUGUAGAAGAGCAACAAGCACAUACGACAUGGAAUCCAGAUUUAGGUUCAAGUUUUGUGAUCAACUUCUGGAGAGCUUGAGGCACAGUGGUUACUCCUUAGGAAGGUUCUAGCGUUCCACUGCCAUCUGCUGUGAUCUAUCUAGGUUUUGUCGGUACCUGCUGGCAAAUUAAACCGAGAUUUAAUGGAGAUCAUUACCCCUUUGAGGGUGACACAUGCCUCUACAAUUCCCCAGGGAUACAGCUGUUGUCAUGUUCUCCUCGUCUUCCUUCCUUUUUUUUCAGCACUGGGGAGUGAACCCAGAUCCAUGCACACACUCUACUACUGAGCCACACCCCAAUUCUCUGUUAUGUUUUUAAUUUACUGUCUUGGCUGGGAGAGUCAUGGUGGGAGCCAUUUCAGACACAUACUCUGAUUAGCUCUUAGCCCACAGGUCAGGGAACCAAUAUGAGGGUCCUUUGAACCACCAGGUACAUCCAUUCAUCCCAUCUGAACUCUUGGAGGCCAGGCGUGGGUGCAUCUAGUGGCCUGAAGGGCCCAUUGUCAGCUGGAUCAGGGCUGAGACUCCAUUUAUUACCUGGCUCCCAUGUGCUCUGUCACCCCGAAAGGGCCACAUCAGCACACAGGGUCCUGAAUAUAAUGUUGAUUCAGACCAGUGUCCCACAGCCCUCCAAAGGUCUGGGGUUCCUCCUCCUUCAGUGUACAACUGCAAUGUGUGAGUGGCCACUGGUCCUCUAGAGGAGGGAUGGGUGUGAAGGACAGAAUGGUGACUGCUGUGGUGUCACAGAGCUGUCCCUCCUAGGAGCCCAGCUUCUCUUCAGUUACUGGGUUCUGGGAUUGAGAUCUGUCUCGGCCUGUUCCUGUUGUUAUAACAAAAUACGAGACAGUGGGUGAUUUACAAAGAAAAGAACUUUACUUCCCUUGGUUCUGGAAUCUGUGAGUCCAAGCUGACCAGAAAGGACCUAGCUUGUUCUCUCCAGCCCUUUUAUAAAGUCAUGAAUCCCAUUCAUGAGGGUUCUGCCCUCAUAAAUUAACCACCGCUUGAAGGCCUCGCUUCUUAAUCCCACACUGGAGUUUAAGUUCCAACAUGUGAAUUUAAAGGGACACACUCAGACCACAGCAGGAUCAUCACUUUUUAUGGGGAUGACUGCCCUCAGCUUCCUGGUCUUUCCUGAUUUAAGUGUACAAAUUAAGCAAUAGUGUCCUCUCGUUGAGUGCUCACCUGUCUUGCCUCUAGGAUUGUACUUUAUGAACUAUUAUCAUAGCUGUCCCCUUGGCCAUUCCCCAUUACCUCUCUCCCAUUCUGACCCUGCAGCCCAUCCUGACCCACUGUGAUCCUUUGGCCCGCCCUGUUUCUACCUGGCCUCCGUUCUCAUCCCCUCAUCCCCAUCCCAUCAGGCGAGCUCCAGGAAAGCAUCUUGUGUGCUUAGCCCUGGCCUCCAGAGCACAGCCAGUCACUGAUCUUCUCAGCUCUUCUCACCAGUGCCUUCUUCUUUGCUUUGGUACAGGAAGUGUCCUCUAGCCCUUCGUACAGAACAUGAGCAAGUGGGGGUUCCAGCUUCCUGUGGUGCCAAUAUUAUAGACAGCUAAGUCAGACAGAAAUAUUACAGGCAGUCAGAUAGGGCUAGGCCCUUGAGAGAGUCAGGACAAAGCUGAAACAUCACAACUGUGGCCAGAGACAUAUCUGUUGGUAUCUGUUGGAGACCAGGCUUCCAGAUAAAGUCAAGAUUACCAAGCCUGUAUACUUCCCCAAAGAACAAACACUCGGCCUAAUGAAGUCUAGGUAGACAUCACUCACCCCAGUGGGAGACCAAAGACCUCUGGACCCAUAAUUUCCUAGAAGUCUUUGUUCUUUUCAUCCACACAUGUUACAUGACUUGUUUCCUAAUUGGACCACUAUUACCUAAGCAACUAUACUUGUGACUUUACUGGUUGAUCAUAGCUGUAACCCACAGUGUACCCAUGUAGGCUUUGCUCUUCCCUGUAAAAGUGGGGUCCCUGGCUACCCACUCGAGUCCCCUCUUUGCCUCUCAGGAGUUCUCCUAUCAAUAAAUAAUUUACUACUCUUAACCUCUGCUGUUCCUAGAAUUCAUUCUUCGAUUUUUAGUGAACACAAA